AUGAAUAAUUCUUCUUCAAGAGAUAAUAAUACUUCUAAUUCUUUAUCAGGAUUUGAGAAUUUUAAUGAACCUAUAUUUAAAUUUGAAAAUGGAAGAAGAUAUAUUAAUAACGAUUCGAUUCAAUAUCUUUUACCAAAUGAUGAUGAUGAAAUUGAUCGAUUACAGAUGCAACAUUAUCUGCUUCGAUAUAUAUGGCAAAGUAAUUUUUCCGCUCCUGUUAAGGAAAUUCUUAGAUGUGGCGCAAAAGUUUUAGACGUAGGUUGUGGUCCAGCAACAUGGACUCUUGAAAUGGCUUCAGAUUACCCUCGUUCCCAUUUCAUAGGAAUUGAUAUUGCUCCAAUUUUCCCUUCGGAAAUAAAACCUAUCAAUACGGAAUUUCAAAUACAAAAUGUUACUCAUCGUUUACCUUUUGAUGAUAAUUCAUUUGAUUAUAUACAUAUGAGAUUAAUGUUGGCAGUCUUAAAAGAAGAGGAAUGGAAAAGUGUCGUAUUACCUGAAUUAUUUAGAAUAUUAAAACCUGGUGGUUACAUUGAAUCACAUGAAUUCGAUUUUCGUAUUGUUAAUCAAGGUCCUUGUAUGAAGAUAUUGGUGGAAGGAUUUAUUCAAUUCUGUAAAACAAAAAACAUGAAUCCUAUUGUAUGCCCACUUAUUCCAGGAUAUUUACAAGAAAAUGGUUUUGUUGAUAUCGAUACUUUGAAAAAUUCCGGUCAUUAUGGUUCUUCAGCUGGUAGAUUUGGAAAAUUAGCUCUUGAAGAUUUUAUUUUGGUUUUUGAUGCAUUAAAAACUCCAAUCUCUUCAAUUCUUGAAAUUAAUAAUGAAGAAUAUCAAAAUUUAUUGGAUAAACUUCAAGAAGAAGUUGAUACUAAUGAUACUUUUUAUGAAGUUUACAAGUUUAUUGGAAAAAAGUUUAUUCCAGAAAAUUAA